UCUCUCUCUCUCUCUCUCUCUCUCUCUCUCUCUCGUUCUCUCUUUCUCUCUCUUGCUCUCUCUCUCUCUCUCUCGUGAUCCCUUCCUUGCUCUUUCUCCCUGAUGCCAUCGUCUACUAUCUGUUGCUUUCCCUCUCCAGCUAUCUAACUUUCUUCCUAUCCAUCUCUAUCUCUUUGGAUCUCAAUGGGAUGGUGCAGGCUAUAGCUGUCGCUCUCUCCCUCUCUGAUUCUCUUCAUCCCUUUUUUUCAUUGUCUUCCAUCAUCCCUCCAUCCUAAGGCUCUGGCUCCUCCGGCUGGUGCCCCGUCAUUUUCCCGUGGGCGGCAGCGAGAUAUGAAGCGUCGCCAUGGGUUUCAUGGAAUUCUACUUGGAGAUUGACCCCGUGACCCUGAACCUCAUCAUCCUGGUGGCCAGCUACGCCAUCCUCCUCCUUGUCUUCCUCAUCUCUUGCAUCCUGUACGACUGCCAGGGGAAGGACCCCACCAAGGAGUAUGCCCCCGCGCCCCCCGCACCCCCCAGCCAGUCGCCCAUACGCCUUGUGGUCAUGCAGAACUCUCCUGCCUCGUCUCGCUAUGAGCAGCAGAACCAGAACAACGUGGCUGCUCCAGAACCCAGCAGAAAGCCAGAACCCACCAGGAACCUGGAACCCAACAGGAAGCCAGAACCCAGCAGGAACUUGGAACCUAGCAGGAACCCAGAACCCAGCAGGAAGCCAGAACCCAGCAGGAACCCAGAACCCAGCAGGCAGCCAGAACUCAGCAGGAACCACUAUGAGCACAGCAGGAACCACUACGAGCACAGCAGGAACCAUUACGAGCCGCCGGCGCUGACGCCCACCCCCGACCUGGGGAGGGAGAAGAGGAGCACCCUGGUCUGAGAAGGAGAGAGGGAGGAGGUGGGGGAGUCCAUGAUUUAAGAGAAGAGAGAUACUAAGUUCUGGAUUUGACACUGUGGAGGAGAGAUGGAGGAGAGGGGAGAUUUGGUUGUAUAGAAAAGGCCUGGACUGGACUAGGCUGGACUGGACUGCUGUUUUGAUUAGUAUUUUCUUUUUGCUCUGUAGAUGUUUUUUAUUUUGAUUGUUGAUGUAUGAU